AACAUGGCCGACAGUGGUAUAUAUGAUGAAGCAGGGAACCAGGUUAAGGAACGUAUUGGUGAUAGUUUCCAGUCAAAUAACAAUUCCCAAGAGGAAAAAGCUGUUGGAAAUACAAAGAGAUUAAGUAAUGGUCAAGCAGGAAAGUGUGCAAGUGCAGAAGAUUUAAGUGUGACAAAAAAUGUUCCAUAUUCUAGCAAUCGUUACUCUUCUUGCUCUGAAAGGGAGUAUGGCUCUGCUGAUGUGUUGACAGAUAAUGACAGUCUGGAGACUGUGGACAAGAUUGGAUAUCACAACAUUGUGGCUGAGGUCACUGUGCACAGUCAUGGGGCUCAGGAUACAGGAGAGGUAGCCGACCAUAGUCCUGUUGAUCAGGACAUAAGAGAGGGAGCCGGCCACAGUCAAGACACAGGGAAUACACCUCACUCACAAGUGUUCUUCCAUUUAUAG